AGGAAUUCGCGAAUAUUCCAAUAAGAUAAUAUCAAAAUAUUUAUUAUAAAUAUUGAUCAUUUGGUGCGUAACAUUAGCUCACAUUGUAGACGAGAGAUCUACAAUAAAAAGUCUAGUGUUUCAGAAUAAUCAAUAACAGUCAAGUUGUUGCAUCUUCCACACGAAUCUGAUUCUUCUCGAUUCAUCCUGCCGCUUUAUUCUAUCUAACCUCACAAUCGAUUGCAUUGAUAAGAAUCGUUCAACAAUGGAAAAAAUUGCAGAGUUAAAGAAAGAUGUUGCUGAGAUGGAGGCUCUCAUAGCCGCAGCCACCAGGCAGAAAGUCAAAGACUUCCUCUCAAUUGAAAACAGGAAGUUGGUUACAGAAAUUGUUAAGCUGGAGGAACAGCAGAAGACUGCAACACCUGCAGCAACUGAUGCUGCCAAGUCUUCUGCAGUCAAAAGGCAUUACCAAGUGAAACUUAACAAUUAUGCAUGGGAUCAAUCCAAUAAAUUUGUUAAGUUCUAUGUGACAGUGAAGAAUGUCCAUUCAAUUCCUGCAGAGAAUGUCUCCUGCACAUUCACAGCAAAAUCACUUGAGAUGCAGGUCAAGGAUCUUGACAAUAAGGACUACAUUAUGAACAUCAACAAUUUGCUGUAUCCUGUUAAUCCAGAGAACAGCACAUGGAAGAUUAAAACAGAUACUGUUGUCAUUAAUGUGGCCAAGGUCGAUACGCUCUCGUGGUCGCAUGUUACCGAUAUCGAGAAGAGGGCCAGCGAUGCAAAGAAGAUGCCGAAAGCGGAGGAGGGUGGUGAUCCCAGCGAUAAUAUGAUGUCCAUAAUGAAGAAGUUCUACGACCAAGGAGAUGAUGAGGUUAAGCGCAACAUCGCCAAGGCAUGGACAGAGGCUCAGGAAAAGAAGACCACAAUGCCACUCUAAAUCCACAAAUGUAUAAAGUUUUAUACUAAUACUGUUUCUUUUUUUAUAUAAGAAAAAAAAAGAUGCUAGCUUUUGUAGGCUAAUCUCGUUUUGUUUUCACUGAAUAAGUAUUAUAUAUACAAGUUGUUUGUAAUAAACUGGA